UCACUAGUUUUCGCGGCAUGCGUAAAAUGACAGGACAUGAAUAACAAUAAUACAAUUUGUGCCGUGUUUGAACUAAAGGUGAUGGCAGUGAUAUAGUCGUGUUGAUAUACCAGUAUUCUUCAGAUAUAUCAUAUAUAAACAAAUAUAAUGCUAAUUUAAUUCAGAAAUUCGCAAAAUUAGGAACAGGAAAUAAAUGCUAGUUAAUAGUACAAUUUUCAAAAAUAAAGUACUGUUAAAAUGGCAUCAAGCUCAGUAAGUCAAGAAAGUCUUGAUAUAACUGAGGAUUAUGAAAUCACAGCUCGCCGGUCAAGAAUCAGAACUUUGAGAGCCAAAGGGGCAUUUCACAAACCAGGUGAUCAUGAACCUGAUUCUUUUGGUGAUCGGGAUGGUUGGGAUGUGAAUGGUGGGGACGGUUCAACUCUCCAGCCUGGCACAAGUGCCGGUGAAGGAAUCAUUCAUGAUUCACCAUCUCGGUCAGCAGCACAGAGGAUGAAAGACAAGAGACGGCCCAGUCAUCUUCAGAAGGGGAAGCCAUUGAAGGACAAGAGAAAGCUGCGUGAAAAGCGAAGAAGCACUGGUGUGGUUCAUCUUGCUUCGACAGAGGUUUCACAGAGCACAGGUGACUCUUUGGACGAUGAUCACGAGGAAGAGAAAGUUCUAACGGAGGCAAAGCGCAACACAACGUAUAACGAGGUGAUCGAUGAUGAUAACCCUCAGACACCUUCUGAGGUGAUGCGUAGGAUACAACAAUUUCAGACUUUGACAUUGACUUCUAAUAAUAAACCUAGUCAAGAAAUUGUUUCCUCUACGAAGCCUUUGGCACCAAAGGGUUAUGUAGCUAGGAGAAAUAAAAGUCCCUCAGACCUGGAAGCAGAUCUAGAGGAUAACCAGGACUAUGACAGUGCUGUUAGCCAAUCAGACACCAGCUUUGCUUUCAAUGACCAGUCAUCUAAAGAAGCCUCAACCAAUCAAAACAAACCACGAGUCUGGAGUAGCCAAUCAAAGUUUAACUCUUAUUCAACAAACUCCAAACCUUCAGUGACUCAAAGUGAUCAACACAGUAGUUCCUCACAGAGCCCAUUGUCCCAGCAGAGCUCUGGAUUCACGAGGAAGUCAGCCUAUGACAAUGACCGGUCCCCAGUCUUUCAGCCUAGUCAGCCCAAAUCCCCUCGGUCUCCCCGCUCCCCAAAGUCUGCAGGUCAGACUAGUGUGGGCCGGGAGCCGGUGCGGGCAGUGCCCAGCGUUAUGCACCGGUAUCCUGCAGAACGGGAGAGGCAGGAUGCAGGAGCAGGGUACCGAUCAAAGAUAGAGGGAGUCCGGGGGCCUUUUGGCCAGCACUUUGUGAGCUCCCUAAUAAACAAGGAGAACAAGGAUGAUGAUGUUGCCCGCAGGCGGCUUGAAAAGGACCUGGAGCGUGAGCGAGAUGAGAACCGGCGCCUACAAAAUGUGCUGGAGGAAAAGGACCGCAGAAUCGCUGAGCUUGAGAGAAAGGUUGCUAUGCUCAAUAGGGAUGUUGAGGAGUGCCUGGAGGACAAUGAGAAGCUGGAAAUCGAGAACAGGGCCCUUAUACAGGCUGUGGGCCAGCUCUCCACCCGGGGAUCACAUGUGUAAUCUAACCUGCAUAGGAUGACUCCAUACUUAGAAAACCAAGCCACACCUGGGUCACACUUCACACCUUCGCUACACUCGGGUCACACCUUCGUAACACUAGGGAUACACCUUUGCUACACCUGGGACACACUUUCGUAACACUAGGGAUACACCUUUGCUACACCUGGGACACACUUUCGUAACACUUGGGAUACACCUUUGCGACACCUGGGUCACAAAUCACAACUGGGCUUCAAUUUCCCUACACCUUGGAUACACCGUCACAACACCCGGGACGCAUCUUAGCAACACUGUGGAAACACCUUUGGAAACACCUUUGCAACAUCUGUUCCCUUGAGGAUCUAAUUAGAAGUUUACAUGCCUGUUUCAUGCUGUUCAAACAUGUAUUUAUGAAGCUUGGCUUAUCAGUUAAUCAACGCCAAGAUCUUCUCGAGAAAUAUAAAUUGACACUUUAAUCUAAAAACACAUAUUUACAAUAUCAUUUAUGAUUAUUUUUACAUACCUAAUGUCAAAUUAUGAAUUUACAGUGCAAGGGUAUGGGAGGGGCUUUUGUUUUAACACCUAAUCAUGAAUAUCUAUGAAAUACUUAAAUAUGUCUGUAACAAGUAGUUCCACUAUCCGGUCAGUUCAGGGCACCAGUCAACAGACAUCAUAUAUUGAAUGAUAUAAAUAUAUGACCAAUAAAUACACAUAGUUUCUCAUUGGUCCAGAGCACAAUGGACAAUGCAAAAUAUAAAUCAUAUUUCAUAAGUUUUUUCCUCAUAUUCAUGGUCUAAAAAUAACACCUUAUUGAUACCUAUUCCAUCAGCUACAAAGAGAUGUUAGUUUGGAUGUAGGGAAAAUCCAUAGACAUCAUUUCCGUCUAACUAUUCCCAAUAUAACGUUGAAAUAAUUUAAUACAUUUUACAGGAAAUAACAUUAAAAAGUGCUUUAUUGUCACACUUUAUAGCUUUAUUAUAAAUAUUAUUGCUUAAGACUUUUUUGUGAUUAUGAUUAUUUUGGAUAUAAAACUACCCCUGUCAUAUAAUAAAACAGUUGUUGAAUAAGGAACCAUACAAUGUGAACUGAUAUUCACUGGCAGAAGAACAUAGGGACGGAAUAUUACUUUCUCCCAGUGAAUAUUAGAUAUUUAUUUUAUGCCUAUCAAUUUCCUUUUCCGUAUCCAAAAGUGAAAAUACAGCAUGCUUCAUAAUAUCCCAUAUUUAUUAGAUAUUUGAUGAGAUUCUAGUAAUACAGAGAGCUAAUACAACGUGGUUAACAACUAAUAUUCUACAGCUUGUCUUAUACGAGGCUAAAUUUGUUAAUAUGAAUUUCUACAAUUUUGAUUGGCUAUUUUGCCAAAUAUGGUAUUUUUGAUAUAGAUCUGUUUUAUUAUCUAUCAAAUCUCUCACAAAUUCUUGAAAGAAAUGCCUCCCUUUACUAAAUGGUCAUUUUUAACGUUUGUAUUAAUAAAAAAAUAAUGAAAUACCUUUAACCAAGUUGAUUUUAUAUUGGCCGAGUUAUUUGAUUGCUGUCUGCCCUUUCAGCUCAGGUCAAUACUGCUGACCUUGAACAAAUAACUCGGCCAAUAUGGAAUCAACUCAUUAAUAACAUUAUAACAUUCAAUGACUCCCAAGUCAAUACCGGCAAUUGCAUAAAUGGAAUGCCAUAUUUGAUUUCUGUAAAUCAUCCUACAAAUAACAAUUCAUAGCAAUCUAUCAUGUUAGGAUGACAGUUUGUGUUAUAAGUCAUGGUUGUUACCACUAUGUUACUGUUUUAUGUAUGAUAUGCCUGUUAAUAUAUACCUACUAUUAUUUGAUAAUAAUUAUGAUUAUGAUUUAUAAUUAUGAUUUUUCAGGGGUAAAAUUGGUUCACCCGGUAUUGUGUAUGCAUAGUUUAUUACAGUUUUCAUACUUAUUUAAAUGCAAAUACAAUAAUAUUGUUUAAUUAUUUAUGUGAUACUGAUGCUUUUUUUAUUUUUCAUUCAUCAAAACAUGGUUUAAAUUUGUCACCUAUUGCAGAAAAAAUACCCAUAAAAAGCCAUUUUUAUUUACAAUGUCUUGUGCAGGAUUUUAAGUGGAAAUGAGUCAAUUCUUGUGUCGACAUGUAUCUCUUGUCCAACACUCAGCAGAAUUGGUCCAUGUUUAUGACAUAAGACACCUUGUGCACAAAUUCCAGUAAAUAUGUGUUCAUACAAUAGUUGUUAUUUCCAUAUUUGUAAACAUGUCAGAUGAUUAUAUGUGCUACUUCCUGGAGUGGAUAAUGCUUAAAAUAACCAGCCCACAAUAUACUGUAUUUUUGUUUGGUUCAUUGUGGCAAUGCGUGACCCAUUCAAGUGCUAUAGCAUCAUUGUUAAUGGUUAAUCAAAAACAUGAGAGAAAAUGCUCUUGUUGAACAUUAAAAAAAUGGUUUGGCUUUGAUUUAGAAAAUUCUGUACUAAUCGGUUGUUGAUUACAGUUUUGUUUUAUUAAUCAAAGUUAAUAAAUUAAAUUAAGCUUGAAAAUACUUAAGUCACUUAAAUGUGAAGUCUCUUAAACACAUUUUGUUGCAUUGGAAACUAAUGCAGGUUUUUGUUUCUUUUAACAACUUCAAUUUAAAUGUUUUGUGUUUAAAUGAAAUCUUGUUUUGUUUAGUCUAAAUCGUGGCAAAACAGUUGCUCAAUAAGUACUCACAGCUCCAGCAAAGACAGGCUGGAUUUUUCUCUUAUGACAUUUUGCAUAAUACAAACAGGAUUAGCACUCUCAAUAUAUCUGAACUGGGAGGAAAAAUGUGAUCUGAAUGAAAUUUCCAUUUACACAUUAUUUUGCAGCUUUCAGAAUGUUAAGACCAUACAAAAACAAUCAAUUGUUCACUGUUCGUCAGCAUGAUCGUUACAGAUAAUAUUUGAGACUGUGUUCAGAAAUGUUGGCCAUAUUGUUGUUGAUGCAAAAUAUUUUAUAAAAUCUGUGUUUUACUAAAGGCAGAGAUAUUUUAUACAUAUAUAUGGAUCUAAGAUGGAAAAGAUGUGAUUAGAAUCUCACGUUGUUAUUUUAUUUAGAAUAUAUUCUUUAUCUUCUUGUAUCUAAAAUAAGGAGACAAUUGGACAUUUUUGUCUUUAACUUUAAUGAUAAAAUAAAGCAAGAGCCAUUAAACACAUACGCAUUAUUUUUAAAAACUACCAGCUUAACAAUAUGAUUGAAAUAUAUAUCAUAAUUCGCUUGUUGUGAGCCAAAAUGAUUUAAUUACUUCAUUGAAGGAGGUAAAUUAAAUUGCAAUUAAACUUACAUUAAGCGUGAUUUUGUUUUGUGUUUAUUACAAACAUUCCAUGAUUAAAUAUCUUUCAUUUUCAAGCAGUAUUGAAUGUGUUGUUUAUGACAGGUUGUGCUAUCUAUUUUAUUAAUCAAUCUUGAUAGCCUCUAAUAUAACAUGGGCUUCUAUCUGCUUCUAUCUGCUUCAAGAGAAAAAUGAUAAAUGAUAUAAAAUAUUAUUGGGUAUAUAUUUGCUUCAUGCAGGUAUAUGCUUCUGUGUUCAUUACAAUGUAUUUAUUCAUUCCAUUUGCUCUUUGUUGAUGAUAUUUGUGUAUUUUCACUAUUUUGUAACCAAGAAAUAAAUCAUGUACGUUGUUAAUGUAAAGGGCAUUCCGAAAGAUACAAAGACUUCAGUAAUGCUACAAAACUCAUAAUUUUUGUCGAUGGGUUUUUAGAGCAGUUGUAACUUAAUUUAAUUUUGUUUUGUGUGUUUGGUAAAAUAUUGACAUUUUAAUUUGAUCUUUCACUUGUCUCAUUAAACAUUGCUUUCCCUAUCAGUAAAGUUACAGUUUUCAAUAUUACUGGCUGAAUAUCGCUGAUAUGAUGUCACUGUUUUGAUGUCACAGUGUAAGUUAUUUUUAGGAUUUGCUAACUCAUGUAAAUUAGGCUAGACAUUUAUUUCAAGUUUUACUUUUAAGUUCAAACUUUGCUAUCAACCAGUACAAUGGUGAUCACUUGAAGAAAUAAAUAUCAUUACAUAUCGUCUAUGAAGUUAUACAGUGUUUUCAAGUACUACUCAAAUUCUGAUAGAGCUUGUCUUGGGUUGCUAGUUCUGUUCAUAAUUUUUGUUCAAUAUAAACAUAUCUGAUGUACAAUUAAUGAAUUUUGGUUGCCUAGUGACCCCAUGUUACUUUGUUUUCAUUUGAAAGGGUUUUUAUGUGUAGAAAGAGUAUGUAAAAAAAAUAAACUAAAAUUAAUAUUACAAACAAACUUUUAUGGACUUUAACAAUGACAAAAUGGUCAUUUUUUAUAUCUGAUUUCAGUUGAAUGAAUGAACAAAAACAUGAAUUGCAGUGGAUUUAUCUUUAUUAAUAUCUCGGUCAUUUAUUUUACAUAUUAGUAGUCAGAGAGCAAUCCCCUUUCAAAUAAUUCAAUACAUACAUGAGGUCAGAAGCGUCAGAAAUUGUCAUUAUGACCACUGGCUCGAUGUAAUAACACACUUAUUUUUACAUGGAAAACCUUCAGAGAAAAUUAGCUGUUGGAAUGUGUCAGAACGAUAUAAACCUCCUGGAUAUUUGCAUGCGUUAGGUACCGCUUUGUUGUAGGCUGUAAAGUUUUUGGUUUCAAUUGUUUUGUGUGCUACAAAUGUUAAAUCAAAGUAACAUGUUAUCUGUUUUUGUAUACAAAAAUGUCUGUUUAAUUAUUUCUCUGUUGUGAUUUAUAUAUUUAUAUAUAUAUUUACAUUAUUUUGUUAUGUACAGCUUUUACACUAUAUUGUGUCAAAUAUUGUGAUGUCCAGCUUUAAGUAUUUUUAGUUUUUUUCCGUAGUCGCUUAUUGACUCUAAAUUAGUACAUGUUUUAAACAUGAUUUGUUGGAUUGCUUUAGACAUCAACCGUAGCUAUUCAUUUCAUUAAAAAUGAGUGUAAUAAUAUAUACAAACAAUGUAGGUAGCACACAUGUUAUUGUAUUAGUGUUUCUGUUUUUCAGAGAAUCCAUUGUGGGGAUUUAACAAAAUAGUCUUGUCAUGAGCUUAUCUUUGGAUAAGCCAAUAUCAUAUCUACACAAAUGUACUGCAAUAUAAACUCCAGGGAAAACACCUGAAUUUCUACCCUCAAGUUCAGAUAUUAAGUGGUAUGUGUUUGAUCUUAUAAGUGUUUUUCAUGAACAGUUGAAUUAAGAAUCAAAGUUUUACAGACAAUACAUGCACAGAACAGAACAGACACACAACCAUAUACACAGAGCAAAACAGACACUCUACAUCCAACACAUGAUUGAACAUUCACCCUAUAGAAGAUACAGAACAGUUGGUCUACAUCCGACACAUCACUGAACAGUCACUCUAUAGGAGAUACAGAACAUACGAUCUACAUCCGACAGAUGACAGAAUAGUUCCUCUAUAUGAGAUACAGAACAGACGGUCUACCACCAACACAUGAACAUUCACUCUAUAGGCGAUACCGAACAGAUGGUCAACAUCUGACACAUGACAGAACAGUCACUCUAUAGGAGAUACAGAACAGACGGUCUACAUCCAACACAUGACAGAACAGUUACUCUAUAGAAGAUACAGAAAAGACAGUUUACAUCUGACACAUGACAGAACAGUCACUGUAUAGGAGAUACAGAAGACGCAGUCUACAUCCAACACAUGACAGAGCAGUUACUCUAUAUGAGAUUCAGAACACGCGGUCUACAACCGAUUUUUGACAGAGCAGUUACUCUUUAGGAGAUAGAGCAGUUACUCUUUAGGAGAUGCAGAACACGCAGUCUACAUACGACACAUGACAGAACAGUUACUCUAUAUGAGAUACAGAACACAUGGUCUACAUCUGACAUAUGACAGAACAGUUACUCUAUAUGAGAUACAGAACACAUGGUCUACAUCUGACACAUGACAGAACAGUUAUUCUUUAGGAGAUGCAGAACACAGUUUACAUCUAAUGACUGGACAGAACUGUCACAUAACAAAAGACAAAGGACACAAUAGGUCAGAUAGUCGACAAGCGAAACAGAAUAGAACUGUUACUCAACAAGAGACACAAGGCACAAAAGGUCAGCCAGUCUACUAGAGACACAGGACAGAGCAGAAAACAUGCUACAAAAACACAGUAUGGAACAAAAUAGGAAGACACACUAAUAUGUAUCAAUAUCAAUAAAUGUUUGGGCUACUGCACUGGAAUGGUCAGUGAAAAUUAGGAGUUUGCUGGGGUUGGACCCAUUCCAUAAGACAUUUUUAGUAAUGGAAUGGAUAGAUAUAGAACAUGGUUGUGAUUUAACCAGAACUUCAAUGUGAACGUACUACACAAUAAAAUAUAUGUCAUAA